AUGGGUAACGGCAUAACAAUAAAUAAAAAGCAGCUUCCCGGCGUUCCCCAACCUCCUGGUGCACGUAAAAUCGUUGUUAUCCCGUAUCAAAAAUGGAUCUAUCAUGAUGCACGUCGUUUUGGUCAUUUCAAUCAAUUUAGUACUGAUAGUGGUUGUGAAAUAAUAUCCAAUAACAAUAAUUCCAAUAACAAUACCAUACUGUCCGUUCUCCCAUCACUUUCUUCAAGUUCAUUUUCACCUCCCACCUCAUUUGUAUCAACAUCGUUAUCGUUAACAAAUGAUUUUGUUGUACAAACUAAAACACAAUUGACAUCCUCAUCUGUUCCUUCGUCUAUAUCGUUUCUAACUAAUAAAUCCAAUAUUCGUAAUAAUAAUAACAAUCAAAAUCCAUCCGCAUCGGCUCUAGUUGGUUCAGCAAUGACAUUAUCGAGUUCAUCGUCGACUGUUACAUGUGCAUCAAUAAUGCCAUCGAGUGAUUCAGAUUCACGACGUUUAAAUCCCAAGCCAGUCUAUUAUGUCAAUGGAAGAUUUUUCAAAAGUUUAACACGUCUGGGCGACGCACAAUUUAUAUUGAGUGAACAUGGCGAAGACGAUAUUAUAUUAACCGUACCAUCCAAUAUUGAACGUUAUCGUACGAAUGAUAAUACCGUACGCGAACGUAUUCACCGAUUAAAUCGUGUUAUUGCAUGCUGUGACGAAUUCAUUGUCUUUCAAUUAUGGAAAGGAAAUAAUGAAGUCGAAAUAUUUGUAUUUGAUCGGCCUAUAUUGGCGGAAUCAUCCGACGGGAAAAUUUCAUCAAAAAAAUGUACAUGCUUUCAUCGACAAACCAAACGGCACCAAUUAUCGCCUAUUCCAUCAUCUGAACAGACGGUUUCGACAACACGUGCAAACACACCAAAUCGACAUAGUUCAUUAAUGCAAACAGCAACAUUAAGUGCCUAUCAUACCAGUGAACCGCAACGUUCGCCGGUUAAAUCGUGCUCAUUAUUGAAUGAUACUGAAAAUCGUUUCGACAUGCAAAAUGAUGCAUACGAAUUUGUUGAUAAUACGAAAAAAAUUUCCUAUUUAACUGGCUCAGCACGAUGUACAUUGGUAACUGCUUCAGCUGCUAUUGCGACUCAUUAUAAUAUUAAUCAUAACACUAAUGUAUCUAACAAUACCUUGUCAUCGGCUAUGUCGAGGAUUCGAUUUGGAAAAUCGAACAGUCGCUCAAAAUCUGCAAGUACACGUUCAUAUGCAAUAUCAAGUGCAAAUGAUGUUGUAAAUAGUAAAAAUUCUCAAAAUUUAAUUCAUGAUACUAAACAUCGCUCCACACCUUAUCUAUCAUCACUAUCAUGUAAUUGCAUGGAUAAUCACGAAUCUGUAUUACUAUCGUCGUCAUCUUCAUCGCCCACGUUUUAUCUAUCAUCAUCAUCAACAUGGAAUAGUCGGAUUGUUCGAAAAUUUAAUUCUGUUGCACAUCGUUUCAAUGCAAGAUCCUAUGCUUGUUUAAUAUCCCCUGAUCGAACGAAAUUAUUGAUCACGCCUGAUUACGAAGAUAAGCAUUCAUAUAGUCAUCAGAUACACGAAGUAACCGUUAUCUUUGAUAUAAAAACCUAUGUUAUACUUCGGAUAACACCAGCGCGUUAUGAUCAACGGUUCUCCUUCGAUCCACGUUAUGGUCAUUCACGUUUAGCAGAAUUCGAUACGGUUCGUGGUCAAAUAACAGAUAUUACCAAAGAUCGUGUACUUGUUUGUUCAAAUCACACACUAAAAACAAAAGUUUAUCGUGUAGAAUAUACAAACGAUGGACAUCUUAUCAUUGUUCUAUGUACACUUCCAAUAUUUCAACGUGUAAAACGUAAUUAUUUUCUUUAUAUUCUUAAUUCUUCCACAUUAUUGCAUACAAGAAGUAUUAUCGAUUAUCGUGGUCCAUUUUUUUCUCCGUUUGUAUUUACAAAUGAAUUCUCGCUUUUGUUUAAUAUCUAUCCAUCGCUAUCAAAUUGUGGUUCAACAUUGGCUGUCUUAAAAAAUAUUGAACCAUCAUUAAAUGUGCGACUUAUUGAAGUUUACUCAUUGCCAUAUACAUGUACAACAUUAAAGGAAGUAACACGACGAAAUAUUCUACGUUAUGUGGAUAGAAAACAAAUUAAACUAUUACGUUUACCGGACAAUCUAAAAGCUUAUCUCGCGUAUAAACCUCAAUUUACAUAA